GGGCCUCUGAGUGGUCUGCCCCACCCCCGCUGAUAACAGUCCCUCUUCCCUCUAGGACCAAAGCAGUGGUUUUGAAAAUCCCCUGGAAAAAAAAUAAAAAUCCCCUGAAAGUGGAGGACCGCCUCUCCUCCCUCUGGCCUCCGUCCUCCCCGUCCUCCAGCAGCACCUCCACCAUCUGGCCAUCCUCCUCCCCGGCUCCUGCCUGGUCGUGCUGGAGUUAAAUGGCUGAUAAGCAGAUCAGUCUGCCAGCCAAGCUCAUCAAUGGCGGCAUCGCUGGGCUGAUCGGGGUCACCUGCGUGUUCCCCAUCGACCUGGCCAAGACGAGGCUGCAGAACCAGCAGAAUGGCCAGCGCAUGUACACCAGCAUGUCUGACUGUCUCAUCAAGACCAUCCGCUCAGAGGGCUACUUCGGCAUGUAUCGCGGAGCCGCCGUGAACCUGACCCUUGUCACCCCGGAGAAGGCCAUCAAGCUGGCAGCCAACGACUUCUUCCGCUAUCAUCUCUCCAAGGAUGGGCAGAAGUUGACCCUGUUUAAGGAGAUGCUGGCAGGCUGCGGGGCCGGCACCUGCCAGGUAAUCGUGACCACCCCCAUGGAGAUGCUGAAGAUCCAGCUUCAGGAUGCAGGCCGCAUUGCUGCCCAGAAGAAGAUACUGGCUGCCCAGGCCCAGCUCUCAGCCCAGGGGCGCGCCCAGCCCUCGGUGGAGGCUCCGGCUGCCCCCCGGCCCACAGCCACCCAGCUGACCCGGGACCUGCUGCGGAGCCGCGGCAUUGCCGGCCUGUACAAGGGUCUGGGGGCCACGCUGCUGAGGGACGUCCCUUUCUCCAUCGUCUACUUCCCCCUCUUUGCCAACCUGAACCAGCUGGGCCAGCCGGCAUCUGGGGAGAAGUCUCCUUUCUACGUGUCCUUCCUGGCGGGCUGUGUGGCCGGGUGUGCGGCUGCUGUGGCUGUCAACCCCUGUGAUGUGGUGAAGACGCGGCUCCAGUCCCUUCAGCGUGGUGUCAAUGAGGACACCUACUCGGGGUUCCUAGACUGCACCAGGAAGAUCUUGCGGCAUGAGGGCCCCUCGGCCUUCCUGAAGGGCGCCUACUGCCGCGCGCUGGUCAUCGCCCCGCUGUUUGGCAUCGCACAGGUGGUCUACUUCCUGGGCAUCGCCGAGACCCUACUGGGUCUGCUGCAGCGCCCCCAGCCCUGAGCCCAGGGCCGCCCCACGCCCACAGCUGAGCGGGACCAGAGUGGGGCUGGAGCCAGGCAGCCAGCCCAGACCUGAGCAAGAGAGAGUCUCUCCCCACCCCUCCCCACAUGGACGGGGGCAGGCAGAGGAAGGGGCACAGGGUCCACGCGAGUGGUGCACACGCAGGCUCUGGUGGGGUUUUGUCUGCGCUAUCACUGGGAUCAAUGUCUUAUUUAUGUAGAAAACACAGAAAUCUUUACAUUCCUGGAGCCAGCCCCGACCCCAGCUCCGCCCCAGCCGGAACACCCCCAGAGACAGAGCUGGUCUCUGGGCUGGGGGUCCCAGGCCUGGGCUGGGCAAGCUGGACCCUACCCUCCAGUCUACCAGCUCUCGUCCCCGAGGCUCACCCCUAGUCCACAAAGGGGACCCCGCACAAACGUAUUUAUUAACUUGCCGGGCACAAGUGGCCGUGUCUGUCCCUCCGUCCAGCGGUCCAGCCUCCCCCCGCUGCUGCUCUUGCCCUCGGCCAGGACUCCACUUUGCUCACACCCCGGCCAGCCUUGCAGGAGGAUCAGGGUCUCCUGCCCGCCCAUAUUGAGCCAAGAACCCCAGGCGGGGGUCACACUGAGUUCUGACUCCCAGGGCAAGCCCCCUCCACUGCGGGACCCAGCAUCCUUCCUAGUGGGCCCCCUGCCCCCACUCCAGGCUGGGGGCCCAGAGCGUGUGAGGUCUGUGUGCGUGUGUGAGUGUGGUGGGGAGCAGGAUGUGCCCACCAGCCCUCAGCUGGCCUGGCCCCUCAGGGAUGGGGUUGUGGGGGGGCUGCUGCCCUCCCCCACGUGGCCAGGCAGUGUGUAUGUGUGUGUGCAGUGUGUGUGCGUGCAUGUUGUGUGUGCUGUAGGUUCCCCAUUGAUCCCGUCCAGAAAUUUAUUUCGCCUGCCUGGCCUCUCCUCUGAGACUCCCACCCCGGGUCCACGAUUGGCCAGGGGGAGGGCGCGCAUAAGGACCAGUACGGAGCUUGGGCACCUGCUCUGCUUUCCGGGGGCUAGGUGCUGCCCCCUCAGUCCUCCCAGGGCCCAUCCUGCUCUAUGGGCCUCUGCACGAAGCCCGGGACCACACUCUGUAAAGCCCCGCCCCCCCCAGUCCCAGCCCACUGACAUUGUGAAUUGAGGCAGGCUGCCCUGCCCCGCCCCCGGUCACGUGAUCGUGUUGGUGAUUGACCCUGACCUGGUGCUGUGUCCCCCCACCCGGGCCCCUCCGCGGAGGCCCCUUCCAGUGACACUACCUGGGGCUCAGGCCUGGGCCCCCCAGUUCACGGUUGUUGCUGGGAGCUGCCCUCUCCCACCACAUCUGUAUGCUGGGAGCUGCUGCUGCUGCUUACAGAAUUAUAUUUUUUUCUUUUGAGGAGUUUUAAGAAGUUGUAACUUUUUGUGUCUUGUCAUGUAAGAACAUAAAUAAAUAUUCUAAGUAGA